AUGGUUUUCAAGUCCAAGGGCAUCCCAGAGGAGUGGAAGAAGACGAUGAUCGCUCUCAUCCUAAAGCAGCCUGAUGCAUCAACUCCAGGGCAUUUUAAACCAAUCAGCCUCUAUACUAUUCUUUAUAAGGAGGCUUUCAUUAGCGAUCGGAGCAUCAUCGAUAAUAUCUUGCUGGCUCAAAAGUUUACGUAUGAUCUUCAUCAAGCACCUAUCCAUCAUAGCCUCAUGGCGAUCAAGUUAGACAUGGAGCGGGCAUAUGAUCGGAUGAGCUGGCAUUUCCUUCGACAGAUGCUUCGAGAGCUCGACUUCCAUGAGCAGUGGAUAGACGGGAUCAUGGACUGUGUGGAGGUCCUCAGCUUUGCUAUUUUGAUUAAUGGCACCCCAAUGGAGUUCUUCACUUGA